AUGGAUAUAGCUUUGGUACGUUCGGCACUCUGCAAUAUUAAUAAUGACAAACAAAGGAGAGUCACAAGGGAACAGAGUCCAAUUUCAUUUAGGAAAGAAAAUAACUUUUCAAGAACCUCAAUCACUUCUGACUAUUCUCCGACCUGCAACAGUCCCGCGAUGGAACCAGGAUCAAAACCCGAUCGCAAGACCAAGAAUGGUGGCAUAUUCGAGAGUGAAACAUGGACUUAUGUCCCUCAAGAUUCAGCCGAAACAUUAUACUCAAAAAGUGUCUCAGCGGAUGCUCAGUUGCCGACAAAAGAUAAAAUAUCUCCGAAUCAAGCAAAGCAAUUGAAUAAUCCUAAAGAAAAUCGUAACUUGGGCAGUACAGUAUAUGAGAAAGAUAGAAGGCCUUCAAAAGGAGAAAAUAAUGAGAAGACGAAAAGGGCACAAGCCGUCGCCAUACAACUGUUGAACAAUGCGCGGAAUGAUUACGAGCGCUUGGGAUUACAUCCUGGUGCUACUACGUAA